AUGAAUAGCUCUUACAAAAGAUAUAAAAGGACAAGAAAUUACAAACCUUUGCUACCAAAAACUAACUUGGAUAAUAAUGUGAUAACCAACUUCUCAGAUACUCAAGCUGUUGUCAAAGUUAAGAAAAGAUCCAAAAAUGGUUGUACAAAUUGUAAAAAACUCAAAAUCAAAUGUAAUGAAGAUAAACCAGAAUGUGAAUAUUGUAUACAAACUGGUAAAGAAUGUAUUUAUCAAGUGAAAGAAUCUAAAAAUUCUAGUCAAAAGGCUAAUAGGAAGCAACCAGAUAAUACACCAACUGUGGUGGAGAAUCAAAUUACAAGUAUUGAUAACAAGCCUUUGAAAAGACUAAACUCAAUUUCAUUUCAACUAAAUAUUUCAAAAUUUGAAUUACAGUUAUUAAAGCUUUAUGUUGAUUUUGGAGGGAAUUUUUUAUCUGUUAAAGGUGUGGAUAUGAUUGCCUCUCAAUUUUGGAGAGAAGAGAUUCCAAAGCUUUGGUCUUGCUCAGAUUUGAUUAAGUAUGCCUUAUAUUCUGUUACAAGUGCAAGAUUAUUAGCAAAUUAUGAUUAUGAUGAAAGUCAAGAGAUUUAUAUUGAGAACGAGGAUCAAAAAUCAAAUCUUCUGGUUCCAUAUACAAUCAAUUUAACCAAGCAAACAUUAAGAUAUACGAAGGAAACUUUGGAAUUGAUAGAAAUGUACCAAUUAAUGAUUGAUGAUGAAGCAUUAAAUGCAGAUGAAACAAAAGAUAUUUUAGGUCAAAUACUUGUUGCUAAAAAAUUGUGUGCUUUUUCAAAUAUUCUUUUACCGAGACCUAAGCAGAAUGUUGGAUUGACAAGACUCAAGGAUAGCUCGUUGGUUAACCAUAUGCUAGUAGCUAAUAAUUUUAUUCAAAUUUUCGAUAAAUAUGGACCAAUGGUUAAAAAUACUAAAUUUUCAAAAGUAUUUGCUCCAGCAUUUAUACCUCUGAAGGAAUACAUUGAAAUUUAUCAGAAUAUGGAAAUUUUCCUCAUAAAUCAUCUUGAAAAUUAUAUUAGUGAGAAAGUUGAUGCUUCUGAUUUAUUACAAUUUACUUAUCAAACUGCACUUUCAAAAUUAGAAAAUGCAUGUCAUCAAACACUUUAUUUCACUUAUACCAUUUUCCUUUGCAGAUCAAUGAGCUAUAUGUCAAUAGAUAUUGACUAUAUUAAUUUAAUAAAGAAAGAAGAUCAUAUUGCCAUGAAGAUUUUAUUUUAUGCUUGUUGUUUAAGCGCAAUAUUUCAUCAUCAAUCAUUCCAUUGGGAUGGGGUUUAUAAUGAAUUUUUGGAAUUUUACGUUAGUCAUUCAAGAGAAAAUUUUGAUGGAGAAUGGGAAGAUGAUGUUGAUAAGAAUAUUUACGGAUGGGUUAAAGCAAGAAGUAAAUAUAAUCAUCGGUUUGAAUUGAGUGCCAUUGAACAUGUUGGUGAACCAGUUGAAUAUUUCUUGAACUGA